CAGUGACACAGGAGGGGGGUACCCGAGGUAGAGCGCGCAUAAGCCCGCUGGGAGCAACGUCACUCCCCUUGACAUAUUAACCGCUGCCCACUGCGAGCGCACAGCACAGCACAACCGCGCGCGUCUGGAUCCCAUCCAUCCUCGACACGAAAUGCGUUGCGAACUGAGCCACACAAACCUCCCCGGUUCCGUGCUACUCGGCGAGGAGGCAUUUAAACGCACGGGCACCCAAGCGGGCUGAAGAAGUCCGCGACCAAGUGCGCAGGUUAGUCUGAGGAGGGAAAGUGCGCUGCGCGUCGAGCAUGGUCAAGGAAACGGCACAAAGAGACAACAUUGGCAACUUCGGGAUUUACUUGUAAAGGCGCUUUUACUGGAGAUCUGGAAAUAAUCUUUAAAUAAUCAUGCCUGUAAGAAGAGGUCACGUUGCGCCACAAAACACGUUCCUUGGAUUAAUUAUUCGGAAAUUCGAGGGUCAAAACCGAAAAUUUAUAAUAGCCAAUGCCAGGGUGGAAAAUUGUGCUAUAAUCUACUGCAACGAUGGCUUCUGUGAGAUGACAGGCUUCUCCAGGCCAGAUAUCAUGCAGAGGCCCUGCACCUGUGACUUCCUUCAUGGAGACCUGACAGACAAGGAUGCCAUCAAGCAGGUGACUCAGGCUGUGCUUGGGUCUGAGGAGCGCAAAGUGGAGAUCACCUACCACCGGAAGGAUGGGUCUGAUUUUCAGUGCAGCACUCACAUAAUCCCAGUGAAGAACGAAGAAGGCGUGGUGAUGAUGUUUAUCAUGAAUUUUGAACAUGUCGUGGACGAGGGAAGUGACAACUCAACCGAGAAUAUAAGCCCCACAUCCCCUACAAGGUCAGAUCUACGAAGAAGUAGAUUCUUCCGCUUCCGUCAGGCUGCUUUGAGCUUAAUGAAUACCAACAAGCAGUCUCUUCCGCAAGAAGACCCAGAUGCUGUGAUGGUGGACUCUCCCAAAGAAGAUGAGGACUCAGUGGCUUUGGACAGCUUUCCUUCACCCACAAAGAGCGUUUGCAGUCCUACUGAGGUCAAUGACACGCAUGCCCUCAUAAGCUCAAGUCACCACUGCUCCCAGACCAGCAUCGGCCCAGAACCACUCGAUCAUUCGUCUCUCAAACUCCCCUGGGAAAAGCUGUACCAGACAGAGUCACACCAGUCCUCCACAUCGCUUUCAAACACCUUUCCCAGAGGAAGCACCAGCAGCAUGAGGAGAGCCUCAUCCAUCCAUGAAAUUGAAGGUUAUAGCUCCAACUCCAAAAGCGUAUUUGGAGAUCGGCAAACAGGUGAAGGCCCGUUUAACCAUGUGAAGUCCAGUUUGCUUGGCUCUACCUCCGAUUCGAACAUCAACAAAUAUAGCACUAUCAGUAAGAUUCCACUGAUUGCACUCAACUUCUCCGAGGUGACUGAUAAAAAGACUCAUUCUCCUCAGACAUCUGAGAAGACCAUUAUAGCCCCAAAGGUCAAAGACAGAACGCACAAUGUCACAGAAAAGGUCACACAGGUCUUGUCUCUCGGAGCUGAUGUGCUGCCGGAGUACAAACUCCAGACACCUCGCAUUGAUAAGUUCACCAUCCUCCACUACAGCCCUUUCAAAGCUGUCUGGGAUUGGCUGAUCCUGUUGCUGGUCAUCUACACGGCGAUCCUCACUCCAUACUCUGCUGCAUUUCUCCUGAAUGACCAAGAAGAGCAGAAGAGGCGGGAAUGUGGAUACUCUUGCAGCCCUCUUAAUGUUGUAGAUUUAAUGGUGGACAUCAUGUUUAUUAUUGACAUCCUCAUAAACUUCAGAACCACUUACGUCAACCAGAAUGAGGAGGUUGUCAGCCACCCAGCUAAGAUAGCGAUCCAUUAUUUUAAAGGAUGGUUCCUCAUAGAUAUGGUUGCAGCAAUCCCAUUUGACCUUCUAAUCUUUGGCUCAGGAUCAGAUGAGACAACCACACUGAUCGGUCUAUUGAAGACAGCGCGGCUCCUGCGAUUGGUGCGUGUGGCGAGGAAGCUGGACCGAUACUCUGAGUAUGGAGCCGCAGUGCUGAUGCUGCUCAUGUGCAUCUUUGCUUUGAUUGCCCACUGGUUGGCCUGUAUCUGGUAUGCCAUUGGUAACGUGGAGAAGCCAUACUUGGACCACAAGAUUGGCUGGCUAGACAACCUGGGUGUGUCCAUAGGAAAAAGAUACAACUACAGUGAUCCUAACUCAGGUCCCUCCAUCAAGGACAAGUACGUGACAGCUCUUUACUUCACCUUCAGCAGUCUGACAAGCGUUGGCUUUGGAAAUGUUUCUCCAAACACCAACUCAGAGAAGAUCUUCUCCAUAUGCGUCAUGUUAAUUGGUUCCCUCAUGUAUGCCAGUAUUUUUGGAAACGUCUCUGCAAUCAUUCAGAGAUUGUACUCAGGGACCGCCCGCUAUCACGCUCAAAUGUUACGGGUCAAGGAGUUCAUCCGCUUUCAUCAGAUUCCCAACCCUCUGAGGCAACGGCUGGAGGAGUACUUUCAGCACUCAUGGACCUACACUAACGGCAUUGAUUUGAACACGGUGUUAAAAGGUUUUCCUGAGUGUCUGCAGGCAGAUAUUUGCCUUCACCUCAACAGAAACCUGCUUAAUGACUGCAACGCUUUCCAAGGAGCCACCAAGGGGUGUUUGAGGGCUUUGGCUAUGCGCUUCAGGACCACUCAUGCACCUCCUGGAGACACUCUGGUCCACAGCGGGGAUGUUCUGACUGCUCUCUACUUCCUGUCUCGCGGCUCCAUUGAGAUCCUGAAAGAUGACAUUGUUGUGGCCAUCUUAGGAAAAAAUGACAUUUUUGGAGAAAUGUUUCAUCUUUAUGCCAAGCCGGGGAAGUCUAACGCGGAUGUGCGAGCUCUGAGUUACUGUGACCUGUGCACCAUUCAGAGGGAGGAUCUGCUGGAAGUGCUGGAUAUGUACCCAGAAUUUGCAGACUAUUUCUUCAACAACCUGGAGCUUACAUUCAACCUCAGAGAUGAACCCACAAAGCCCUGUGAUGAUGAAGAAUGUGAACCAGAUGGCGAGGCCAAUAAACCCAUAAAAAGAAGAAUCUCUUUCACGCCAGGUUUACCCAAAGAAAUGGAUGAAGGUGAUCAAAAAAGAAGAGGCUCUAGCUCAUGUUUAAAGAGAAGUUCAGUGGUCCUGGGUUCUUCAUCACUCAGUGUUCCAGCCCUGGACACAGAGCUUACUCACAGAGAUGGCUUGGAGGUAACACCAUCUGUUGAAGAUCUGCAGAGUGAUAAAUGGGCCUGCAAGAAACCUGCAGACUAUCUGGAUGAGUCGGCACAUUUCCAGGACCUCCGUGAGUAUGAGAACUCUGCCAGUGAGGUCACAUAUGGAGAGGUGGAACAGCGCUUAGGUCAGCUUCAGGAUCACUUAAACAGGCUGGAGUCCCAAUUGAUAUCAGAUAUCCAGUCCAUCCUGCAGAUGCUGCAGAGACAGUCGACUCCGGGACCCCCCGCCUACAGCACUGUGACUGCCAGUCUGGACUAUCACAGACCUGCUGUAAAGGUUCAACCAGCUGUUCAGACGGCAAGCAGCUUUUUCAGCCAUACAGCAACUCAAGGCCCCAGCCAGAAACUGGAGAGCACAAUUCAGGAAUCCAAAGACUCUGUGUGCAGCUCAGCCGUCGUGAGCGCACCCCCUGAUGGCAGCCUUGCAGCAUUUUUUGAGCAGAGACAUACAGAUCCACAGCAACAAACUGCAUUGAUCCCUCUUCCAGCUGAAAGCUCAUCUUCCUUCUUUUGCUCCGCGACACCCUCCGACCCCGACCACAACGUCAUUGGCCAGCAGAGACCAGUGUCAGAGCCAGAAUUUCCAAGGUUGUAGUCCAAUCAAUAGCGCCUUCCUCUAACUCUGAGGUUACUAUACUGUUAUUUCUGAGUAGCACCUUUUUGAUAUGUAUGAGCAUGCUGGUACAGCCAUCUGUAUUGCCUGUUUAAAGUGGCUUUGUUAUGGAAUAGAGAUUUUCUUCUGGUGUACAUGUUAAGAAAACAGACUUCACGGGGAGCCAAACAGCUGCAGCAAACUUCAUACCUUAUCUAUGUUAAACCAAGAUCCACUUUCAUCAUCAGUCGUUGUUAAUACUGUAUGUGCAUGGAGAUACCCAUAUGUGUAAGCUUUCUGAGAAUAUUACUAUCAAGUUACAGUUUCUACUUAAAUUCAGGGAUGCUGGUAACAGGGCUUCACUUAGUUGUGCUAGGAUUUGACAAACAUAACUGACAUCCUGUUUCGAUUGGGCUUUGUGUCUAUUCAUUUAUGUAUUUGUCCGUUUGUUUUUAAUAUAACUAAGAUGCAGCUUUUCAAUGUCUUCAGAGUUCAGACUGGAGACAGCCAUCAAGCCGGGUGGCUUGUCGUACAGUUAGAUUUCCUCACUAUAUUCAGAAAAAAAAACCUCUGACAAUCAGAAAGACGAGCCUCUGCUCUCCCUUCUCUGAACAAGACGAGCUGCAUGCAGCUAUACCUCACACAGAGAGAACCAGCUUCUUAGCAGCUGGGAGACGGGCUGCUUUUAUCCAGCAGCGACCCAGGAUCGGUUUCCUGUAGAACAUGUGGAAUUGGCUGAAAACAGUUGGAGACAGACUCAUCCCGAAAUGUGAUUCUUGAGCUGGCUGACUCCCCAGCACGCAAUUAACAGCAUAAUUGUCAUCUGUCCAGGAAGAUAUAAAAAGAUUUGUGGUCUUGCACGCUUAGCUGUGACGCUCGACCCAUCUGAUAGAUAGAAAGGGUGAGAGUAACAGCAGUUUAACACGAUAACUUUAUUUGAGGACAAAAUCUGGAAAAGAAAACUAUUAUUACCAGCUAGUCAGCAGUUAGGCUCUUUUGUUUAGAAAGAAAAAGAAAGCAUCAGCAGAAGAUCAUAAAUAUAGGUUACCUAUAUAAAACCAGGUGCUGGUAGAAGAAAACGGGAGUAAACUAUCCACAGUCGUACUCACUGUCAGAUUGCUGGUUGAUCACUCAGUGUGUUGAAGAUCUGAGUCAGGCAAGAAAAGAUGGAAGUUUGGACUGCAGAUCAUGAGCGCUGAAUGGUGACAGUCUAUCACUGUUUUCAAGGUCUGCUGGCAAGCCAGCGAGCACAGAUGGUUGUUCCAGCUGCUGACCUGAGCAGCCUGAGACAACGGAACAAGGAUGGGAGCCAAAAGUAGGGCCCCGCUCUGCUUUGUGUCCUCGUUGCCAUCAGCUGAGUUAUGAGAACCUGACUUUUUUACAACAGGAAAACAACCACAGACAUUUUUCUUCCAGCUUAUGUAACUGCUGCACAGCAAUCAGGACUUUGGGAACCGUAAAUUUGCUGCUCUGCUCACAGAUGUAACUGAUGUUGCAGUGCAUUAAAGGUGUAGGUUACAUGUGCAAACAAUUCUCUGCAAGAUCUGGAGUACACAAUAUUUUGACAAAAGGGUGAGGAGAGUUUUUUUAUCUGUUUGCUUGCCUGUCUUCUCUGAAGUGUGACUCAGGGUUUAUGGACAAUUGGACUGCAAUAUACACUACGAUAUCAGUAUAGUAAUUGUCUUUCCAUGAUGUGCAUUACUACUUCAACCCCUGAUGUCCAUCUACUGUACAGCAUUCAUCACACACAUCAUACAUGCUUGUUUGUGCAAAUGCAACAUGCAGAUUGCAGGACUUCUGCAGUUUUCCUAAAGUCGGACCUCUGACAUUUUUCUCUUAUAUAUAAAAAUGGAGCAGACGAAAUGCUUGUGUGUAAAUAUGCAUCUAAAACAGAUAUGAGAUUUACUUUUUUUACUGUAAAGAUGUUUUUUUUGUUUGUUUUUUGUUUUUGCUUAAAUGAUCUAAAAUGCAAUUAUUUCAAUGGAGAAUUUAUUAUUUAUUUCCAGCGUUUAAGGGGGACUAUUUAAAGAUAAUAGUGAUGACCAAAACAAUAAAUCCAACUGACUAUGACUCAACCACACCCUCAAAAAUAAAGAAACUCAAGAAUUAUUCCCUUGUUUAAAUGAAAAAAUUAAGAAUUAUUCAUAACAUAAUAUAUAUCAUUAAUAAUUCAAGUAAAUUUAUACUGUCUAUGAGUCUUAUAUAUAACAAGAUGAUACAAAAUGAUUUGAUCUCUUUGUAAAUAAGGAUGAGGGAAUAAAUCACAAGUUUUUGUUAGGUCUUGUGCCUAUACAAUCCAAACAUUUAAUUUUAAGAAGUAAAAUUUGACAUGUAUCAAUAAAUACUUUCCCUAUGAAGUUUCACCGUGAUGUACAUAAAGGGUAAAAAAAAUGGUGUGACUGUAAAUACAUCUCAAUGCAAGAUGUAAACAGUCUUUUUUGUUUUUUGAAAAAAUGCGUUUUAUGAGAGAUUCUGUAAUAAUAAAGUUGUGCAUAAACUUGUUUUGAAACUCCUGAAGCAAUAAAUGAAACCACAGUCA